CCGGGCUGGGUGCACAGAGAGGGUAUUUCAUCACAUGCUUGGCAAAGGUGUCUCUGUAAGGGCAGAACUUGUUUCUGGAUGUGAGUAGCAGAGGCAGACCCGUCCACUCCCCCUAGAAGUGUAACUUGGAAAAGAAUGUCGUUGAAGGAAAUGAGGCAGCCAGCAUGAUGUCUUACGCUCCCGUCACUCUGCUCAGAUCCCCCUCCCAGCCCUCUGACUGUGGCACCGAGGAGCUGCAGGACCUCGGGAAGAGAUCCCAGGGAACGAGGCGCUGGAGUUGCAGCCCUGACCCAUGGCUGUGUGCUUGGUUAGCUACAGAGGGUGGCUCCCGCUUCGUAAAGACCUCAUCGCGGCGAGGUGAGGCUAAGAUGAGCAUAACCAGUGACGAGGUGAACUUCCUGGUGUAUCGGUAUCUGCAGGAGUCAGGUUUUUCCCACUCGGCGUUCACAUUCGGUAUCGAGAGCCACAUCAGCCAGUCCAACAUCAACGGGACGCUAGUGCCACCGGCUGCCCUCAUCUCCAUCCUGCAGAAGGGCCUGCAGUAUGUGGAGGCCGAGAUCAGCAUCAACGAGGACGGCACGGUGUUCGACGGCCGCCCCAUAGAGUCCCUGUCCCUGAUCGACGCGGUGAUGCCCGACGUGGUGCAGACGCGGCAGCAGGCGUUCCGGGAGAAGCUGGCGCAGCAGCAGGCCAGUGCGGCGGCCGCGGCGGCGGCGGCGGCGGCGGCAGCGGCCCCCCCGGCGGCCCCGGCGGCCCCGGCCGCGGUUUCCCAGCAGAACCCACCAAAGAACGGCGAGGCCGCAGUCAACGGCGAGGAGAACGGAGCGCACGCGAUGAAUAAUCAUUCGAAACCAAUGGAAAUAGACGGAGACGUGGAGAUUCCACCCAACAAAGCCACAGUCCUUCGGGGACACGAGUCUGAGGUGUUCAUUUGUGCCUGGAACCCUGUCAGUGAUCUCCUGGCGUCCGGAUCCGGAGAUUCGACAGCGAGGAUAUGGAACCUGAAUGAAAACAGCACCGGGGGCUCCACCCAGCUCGUGCUGAGGCACUGUAUACGGGAAGGGGGCCACGACGUCCCCAGCAAUAAAGACGUGACCUCGCUGGACUGGAACAGUGACGGGACACUGUUGGCUACAGGGUCAUAUGAUGGUUUUGCAAGAAUAUGGACGGAAGACGGUAACCUGGCCAGCACCUUAGGCCAACAUAAAGGCCCCAUCUUCGCCUUGAAAUGGAACAAGAAGGGGAAUUACAUUUUGAGUGCCGGCGUAGACAAAACAACAAUAAUUUGGGAUGCCCACACAGGAGAGGCCAAACAGCAGUUUCCAUUUCAUUCCGCCCCUGCUCUUGAUGUCGACUGGCAGAACAACACUACCUUUGCCUCCUGUAGCACAGACAUGUGUAUUCACGUCUGCAGACUCGGCUGUGACCGCCCAGUCAAAACCUUCCAAGGACACACAAAUGAAGUCAAUGCCAUCAAAUGGGAUCCUUCUGGAAUGUUGCUAGCGUCCUGCUCUGAUGACAUGACAUUAAAGAUCUGGAGUAUGAAGCAGGAUACGUGUGUCCACGACCUUCAAGCUCACAGCAAAGAGAUCUACACCAUAAAGUGGAGCCCCACCGGGCCAGCCACCAGCAACCCAAACUCCAGCAUCAUGCUAGCGAGUGCUUCGUUUGACUCCACGGUUCGGCUGUGGGACGUGGAGCGGGGCGUUUGCAUCCACACGCUCACCAAACACCAGGAACCAGUCUAUAGUGUAGCUUUUAGCCCCGACGGGAAAUACCUGGCCAGCGGCUCCUUUGACAAGUGUGUGCACAUCUGGAACACUCAGAGUGGGAGUCUCGUCCACAGCUACCGAGGCACUGGCGGCAUCUUCGAGGUGUGCUGGAACGCCCGAGGGGACAAAGUGGGCGCCAGCGCGUCCGACGGCUCUGUGUGUGUUUUAGAUCUACGAAAGUAAACACAAAAUACUAUAGGAAAAGAACCCUAGUGGACCAGCAGUGAACGUGUGGGGUUGGAGCACUCUCCAGACACAACUCUGUCAGCUCCGAAACUGUGCGAACUUGACGUUAGAGUGUACUUUGCAAUCAGCUCAUCCCUGGCCACAGGAGUCUCUAUUUUUUUGUAAUCUUCAUCAAGAAGUUUAAAACAAAAAGCAUACCCACAGUCCCAUCAGAGGGGGAAGAAUGGCUCCCACCUGGAACGUGGGAAGCGGGAAGCCAGCAGCUAGACGGCGCGUGGGUGGGACCCCGUCCAGAGCAGGCUCUGAGGGCUGAGAGGAAACGAAGAAGGAAAAAAGCUGUGCCAAAAAGAAACAGAAGGAAAGACGCUGUGAGAAACCAAAAGGGGGGAGAAAAACCACUCCACGUGGUGGGUUGUUUCGUUUUUUCCUAACAGUUUGGACACUACAGUUACUCUCACAAGGAUGUUCAAAGACCAGUUUGUACCAAUGACUUGGGCGACUUUGUAACCCCAACACUUUGUAUUUUCUACAAUCUUUGUCCCGUGCUUUUUCUAUCUGCUGGAAUCCUGUCGUCCGGGGCCCUUCUGUCUGAGGUGGAAACCGUUUUGGGUUUGUGGCGUCUUUCCUGUUGUCACUGGCCCCCUCCCCUCUGUCCGUCCUUCUUCCUUCCUUCCUUCCUUCCUUCCUUCCUUCCUUCCUUCCUUCCUUCCUUCCUUCCUUCCUUCCUGGUCUUGGUGGGCAGCACGCACUUGGUGGACACAGCCUUAUGGACCAGACUCGGACGUGAUGACGGAGUCUCUGGCAGACGGUGUUCCCUCUCCCUCCCCUCCCCUCUCCCCACCCCUUUCUGAGUUUCUUCCCCUCCCCUCUCCCCACCCCUUUCUGAGUUUCUUCCCCCCCCAGCUCUCCCCGCCCCUUUCUGAUUUUCUUCCCCCCCAGCUCUCCCCGCCCCUUUCUGAGUUUCUAACCCCUCCCCUCUCCCCGCCCCUUUCUGAGUUUCUUCCCCCCCCAGCUCUCCCCGCCCCUUUCUGAGUUUCUUCCCCCCCAGCUCUCCCCGCCCCUUUCUGAGUUUCUAACCCCUCCCCUCUCCCCGCCCCUUUCUGAAUUUCUUCCCCCCCAGCUCUCCCCGCCCCUUUCUGAGUUUCUUCCCCCCCAGCUCUCCCCGCCCCUUUCUGAGUUUCUUCCCCCACAGCUCUCCCCGCCCCUUUCUGAGUUUCUAACCCCUCCCCUCUCCCCGCCCCUUUCUGAUUUUCUUCCCCCCCCAGCUCUCCCCGCCCCUUUCUGAGUUUCUUCCCAGCUUAGGUCUCAAAGGCACUUUCAGGCACAUCCUAAGUGCUUUAUGGAAGAAGGCAGGGCAGGGGGACUUUUUACAGGAGAAAAAAAAAAGUGACUUAUAAGAGAAAGCCCCGAGUAUUUUUGGAAAAAAAAAUAUUUUUAUGUUAAAGCAAUUUUAAAAUCCGAAACUGGCCAUCAGACAUAGAGAGCUUUGUGUGAUUCGUAUUUUAAAAGGAAUCUUAGGAAGACACAGGCAGGGUGUGAGGUAGCCUUCCCUUCACUGUCAGCUUCCGGCAGGGCGGUGAGGACGCCGGGUGGGCAGACAGUCCCGGCCCCCCCAGCUGGAAGCAGACCUGGGCGUCCUUCGGGGAGUGUUGACGGCGGUGGCCGGCAGGACAGGAAUGGAGAAGGGGCCGGACCUGAGAGGGAGUCCCAGAACCCACCGUGGGCGCCAAAGAAGCCGUCGGAAUGUGCGCCCAGCUUCCUGGCUGUGAGGAAGGUCACUCCAGCCGCGGCCCCCGGGGUCAGCCCGCCAAGAGCAGCCCGCCAGCCCCGGCCUCGCCGCCGGCCCGGCUCCAGGAUCCCACUGGAUCUGACGACCGCAACCAGCGGGGAGGGUGUUCGGCCCUGAGGGGGGAUCACGUAGGUAGGACAUCACUGAUCACUUCUGCCGUCGUCUUCAUUUCUUUCUCUCUCAAGAGACUAGAAGGAAGACUUUCUUUUUUUUAAAUAAUGAAUCUUUUUACUGUUUUUUUAAAAAAUUAAAUAUGGCUUUGUGUUCCUCGCGGAGUUUCCUUCGUUGCAUCGGGUGACCUGGUAUCGUUGUUAACCCGACGCUGACCCCGGCUUACAGGAGAGGGGUGGGGAGCGCGGAACCUGGGGCCUCUGGGCUGGUCCGUGUCCGUGGGCGGAGCCAGGCAUGGGGAGGCGUGCUGGGCCCGGGGGCUGGUGGGCUGCAGCCACGUGUCUGUUCCAACAAGGAGCCAGGAUGUCAUUCAGAGGGUGGACUCCAUCCCUGGAGCCAAAAACAAGCCGUCAGGGCGCGACCAGGGCCCCUGCAGAAAUAGGAGCCGGCCAGGAACAGCUCCAGAAGCCAGAGCGCGUCCAUCAGCGUCGGAUCAGUAACGCACCUCCCUGGAUCUGCGAAUUAUUCAGGCCCCAUCUGUGGAAGGCCCGAAAGCGCUCUGUUGAGAGUUGGGUGUUUUAUUCGGGCCUCUGUUACCUACACGCUUAGCUAAGAAGGUCAGAGUUUUACGGAGUCUCCUCCAUUCCCACCUUUGAAGAUAGCAGACACCCCUGGAUACAUGGCUAAUUUCUUGCCCCAAGAAAUUAUUAGGCUUGGGGUGCAGUUUGGGGAGCUCUGGACGCACACCAUCUGGACCCCUCCCCACAUAAGAAUGUCAUGUCUACAGAGCAUCCGUUGUCCAGGGUCAGGACACGGUUUGUGUUUGACAAGCCAGAGCCUGCUGUUGGGGGGUAGUGGUGGGACACACAGGCAGGGGUUCCCCAAUCAGUCCUCAGGGAAGGGCGGUAGCCAGGGUCUCGAAGUGUUGGCAUUCGACUCUGGAUGCAUCUGAACACUUGGGAAUUGCUGGCUUGGAGCUGAGGGCUUUGAGGCCAAGGACAGGGGCUCAGUCCCGCACACCACGGUGAGCCUGACGCUGAUGAAGGCAGAUCGUUCGCCUGUCUGGCUUCCCCAACAGGCCGUCACAAAGGAACCUCCUGAGGGCCACAAGGGGGACCAAGAUGCGAAUGCAGCCAGCGCCCCUCGAAUCCAGCCCCGUCUCAGCACGACAACAGCCACGUCCGACUCGGCGCCAGCGUGCACCCCACAAGCAGUCGAUGGAGUCACCUCUGUCAUCAGGGCUGCCCCUUGGGCCGUGUUACCACGGGACGUCGUUUACAGCUCUGAAAAAUUGGAAGUAAAUGCUUAAGUCUCGGUGACCGAACGGAACCGAGAUGCUGACGGCAGACGUAACAGUCCUUCCCGGAAUGUCUGGUUGGGUUUGAAGUGACCAAGAACUCGUCCCGCACACACCGGGGAAAAGGGGGCUACCCCACCGGGCACGCCAGGCCACCCGCGGCACCCAGGGCUUGACAGUCAUUGUCUUUCUAAAAACAGAUCUUGGCGCCAAGUGAAGUGCACUGUCAAACGUUAGGGUCUGCUUUUCUGCUUUGUUCCUUGUUAUUUCCCCCUUUUUUAACCUUCUGUUCCACUUUUUUUUUCCAAAUCGUGUUUCUGGUCAAAUGCAGAGUUGUUCCUCCCGCCGCUUACUGAGGUUGUGAAUUCUGGCUUCUGCAGUGUUUAUUGUCUGUGUCAGACGUACAGCCAGACGGCCUUCCCUCCGCGUGUUCCAGAUUCUGCUCCAUCCACACCGACCCCGUUUCGUUCUCGCUCCACCCCUUCCGCCUCACGCUCUGGAGAAGAAUCACCUUGUGUGUCGUAGCUCAUUUGUUCCAAGAGAGAAUCAACAGAUCAUACUCAGUGUCUUGAAUAAAUUGCUCUAUUUUGAUAUUAGAGAA